AUGCGGGGAGAGGUGAGUGAACUACCAGCUGAUAUCGCUGAAGGACUCUCCGUUGAAAAACAACAGGAGCAACAGUUAAUGAAUAAAUUGGCAGCUACAGGAAAGCUUCCUGCUCGUCCAGCGAGUUCUUUCCUUCAGAAAAAGUUGCAGCAAAGAAAGUUCUUUGAUUCCGGAGAUUAUGCCAUGGACAAGAACAAAGGUCUCAAAUCUUCUGGAGGACCUCAUCCGUUAACUGUCAACUCUCAAACUACUCCACAAAAACAGGAAGAACCUGCUUCUCCUGAGCCUGAUGGAAAUCUCCAGAUUCCUCGGCCAGAUACUGUUCCUCAAAGAAAAGCUUCUAUUAUAAACCCGUCUGUUCAUUGUAAAUUACAGCCUUUACCACAUGUACAGCAUCACGACAGUCAGCCAUCGGCAGAUGAGUAG